UAUCGCCAACUGCGAACAGUGCCACGGGUCGGUCGCGUAUGGUCUUCAGGAGCUAAAUGGGCCGGAGGACAGAGAUCAUGUCCUGGGCGGCGGUGAUUGCGGUGGCCGCCGGCUCCCUGAGCCCGGCCACCGGGGACGCCGUGGUGCGAGUGCCUGAUGGCCCCGCCAUUAAGGUGAACAUGCCCGGCGGGUACUGCUGGCGGCUCCCGGGUCCCGCGGCUGAGGAGAAAACCGGCGAGGCGGCUGGGGCGGAUCCCGCGGCCUUGCAGCUGGGUGCCUGGGGCGCUCAGGAGCACCUCUUGUGCAUGUCCGAUGCGACUGACGAGGCAGUGGUCACAGUGAGCCCGGAGCUGCCUGCGACGGAUCCCGGGGACUUUGGCUUCGGCGAGGGUGUGGCGGUAGGCCUUCGCCCUCGUGUCCAGACCUCUGCGCUGUGGCCUUUGCAGGCGAAGACUCCGAGCCUGGGCGUGCCCUUCCGUGGCGAGGCGGCGCGCUUGGUGGCCAUCCAAGCCUCCGUGAAUGCCCAGAUGAUGAUGGAGUUCCCGUUGGUGGCAGUGCAGUUCCGGAGGUGGCCCAUUGACGUCGCGCCUGUGAACCCGACCGCUGGGUCUUGUCGGCCAGAGGCGGUGCCAGGCGCCAACCGCAUGGCCUGCCGCCUGGCGAACGCGAAGGCCUUGGAGCUGGUGGUCUUCUGCCGCCCUUGCGCCCAGCACUCCGCGACCAUGCAGAUCUUAGGCAAAACGCUUCGGAGCACCGACGCGCCGUGGCUGGGGUUGACGGCCCAUGGGAAAGAGACGCAACAGUGGGAAGUGACGGUGCGACAGUACAUAGACGGCCAGGAGGAAGUCCAAGACUUUGUCAUUGCCGCCGUACUGGGGGAGAGCGACGUGGAGUGGCGCGAAUCUGGGGCCCAGCGCCGCAUCCGGCUACUGGGCAACGGGCUCAUGCAGGCCACGCUGGUGGCAGCAGUGGCCGGCCUCGUGCUGCUCCGCGGCGGCUUUGGCAGCGGCGGCAGCAGCGGCCCCACGGCGCUGGUGCCGGGGCUGGCGGCCACGGCGCUCUCCGUGCCAUACCUCGCGUUGCUGUCGCAGGCGUCAGCGCCCAGUCUGCUGCAGUCCGCCUUCGGCUCGCAGAUCUUCUCGCUGCGCCCCGCGGUCGCCUUGGCGCAGGCCAUGUUGGCGCUGCUUGCAGUGCUGGCGCUGCAUGGCUAUGCUGCCACCCGCUUCCUUCAGGCCAACGGCCCUGGCGCCGCAGAGGUGAUGCCACACGGUCUGAGCUUCGGCGCCUGGGAGCUGCGCGCGGUGACCUACUUGGCUGUGCCUGUCUCCGCCGCCGCGGCGAAGAUGGCCGCCUUCUGCCACCCCUCCGCCAGCUUUCUGGAGCUCGUGGUGGGCCUUCUGGGGUGCCUCAUCAUGCUGGGCCUUCUGGCGCUCCCUUGGCAGACCAUGCGCAAACUCCGGGAGCUGUUCCAAGAGUCCAAAGUCAUCUGUCUGCAGCACCCAGAUACGGGGCACCUGCAGUACGUGGACCGGGUCUGCGACCAGUUGCACGCUGUACCCUUCAAGCCCAAGUCCCGGCUCCUGGGCAGCUGGAGCGAGUCCUCGAGCUGGCAGUACAGCCCACCCGUGGCGACCGUCCGGGACUUGGAGUACCGGGGCACCUGCAAGGAGCGCGCCGGCGAUCCCUGGGACCGCACUUGGUCCUUGGGGCCCUGGUGUGAAGAGUCAAGCAAUCACGUGCGCACGCCCAUCUCCGAAGGAAUGAGGCUGCGCACAACGUCCCUGGAUUCGACCUUUAGUAUAGAGCAACCCCUCAUGCAGUCUGGGAAGUGGAAGCCGGCGCCCAGCCAGAGCUCCUUGCUGGGCUCGCACCCGGUGACGGUGACCACGCGCUUCGCGUUUUCCGGCCGCUUCGGAGUGGCCGGCGUGGCUGGGCUGCCGUGGCUGGACGUGGCCGUACCUGCGGACGCGCUGAAGCAGAUCGAGCAGUGCAUGGCCAAUAUCCGGCUCAGAGUCCAGGCCAGCCAGCUGGCUGGGCCUAUCACCUGCGGCCGGUUCAGCGCCUGCUUCGAGGCUACUCAUCGCAAGCCGUGGUGGUGGGCGUACGACGUGCUCCUCAAGGUGGCGGCAGGUUGCACUGUGGCCCUUGCUCCAGAGCUGACUGCGCAAAGGCCGGUGCUGCAAGUGUCCUGGCUCCUGGCAAUGCUGGCCAUGGCCACCUGGGUGGCCUGCGUGUUGCCGCACGUGCACUUCGUGGAGAAUUUGGCGGCGGCCUGCGGCGCCUUCGCGGCGCCGCUGGGCACGGCCUUCUACCUCUUCGGCCACCAGGUCCAGGACCCGCAGACGGCGCAGGUGGCCGCCGCGGGGGUGCUGCUGUUUGCGUACCUCCCCGCCCUACUGGCCCUGGCGGCCAGCCUUUGCCUUCUGCGCUGCUCCUCUGAUCGCGCUGAGGCGCUGGAUCAGGUGCCUGGCUGGGGUGAGCUGUCAGGCGCCAGGAUCGGUGCACCCUCUGGCUACCUGCCGCUGCUAUGCGAGGACGACAGCCCCCCGCGGGGCAAAGUUGCGCCCAGCGAGACCGCCGCGGCCCAAGCGGAGCUCCAUUUGGCCGACGGAGUGCUCUUGUCCAUAGACCCCACCAAGGCCUGCAGGGUGAACCUGCCUUGCGAGGUGAAGUCGCCGCUCUCGCCGGUGCACUUGUGGAUGAAGGGCGCCGUUGCAGUCAGCAGCUCCUUGAGCGACCGUGCAGUGAAGCUGGCGCUGCCGUUGGCGCUCCUGCGAGGGGACGCGCCGGACGCUGCGCCUCUGGCAGCACUGCUUACUCCCGAGAGCGGGCUGCUCCUCUACCGGGACCAGGAGCUCAACGGCGGCCUGAAAUGGCAGGAGGCCUUGCAGCGCUUCCUGGGAGACCAGCCGGCACUGCUGCGGGAGGCGCGGAAGCAUCUCAGCGAGGAAGGCGAACAUCUCAUGACGCUGGAAAUCCUCGAGUAGACAAAUGUCUCACGAGUGGCGCGAGGUCUUGGCGACUGUUGAUGCCAAGGUUCCCCCAUUC